AUGAAUUUACUUAAUCAUACAAUAAAACUCUUACAAUAAGCCCUAUAGAACUUGUAAUAGAUGUAAGGUAAAGAGGAAGCGAAAGAUGUGUUACAAUAAUUUAGCAAAGCAGUUGAUCCAAUAACAGAAGAAUUCAAAGAAUUUGUUCCAUAUUAAGUAGAAAUCUCUGAAAAACAUUUGAGUUAAAUACUUAGCAAGGAGUAUAUAAUAAAGACAGUUGAAUAAUUUCGUUAGUGGAGAGCUACAGAAUGUAUGAAAGCAGAAACCUUUGAAGAAGUAAUGGAGGCUCAUAAUCAGUAUUAUUACAAAACUUUGAGGUAGCAAGUCUAUAGAUUCAUUGUGAUUACAGAUGGAUUUCGCUAUUCAAGAGGUGAAGCUAGAGAGAAACUUGCUCAUUGUCCAUUUUGCAAAUUUCAGAAUCUACUUACUUAUGUAACAGCUCAUGUUCUCAAAAAGCAUGCUAAUAAUUAUUAAAUUUAUAAUUGCUCAAUUUGUAAUAAAGAUUUUUAAUCACAUCGGUUAUUGGUCAUGCAUAUUCACAAUUACCACAAAGAAGGAGUUACUCCAAAAAAGAAAAAUGGAAUAACACUUCGGAAAGAACUAAGUUAAUAGGAAGAUGAUGAUGAAAUAUUUGAAGAAGCUGAUUCCCCAGAGAUAUCUUUAUGAGUUCAAUAAAUGCA